AUGAAGUACCAGUUUCUGCUAAGCUCACUGCUCUUGGUUAGCCAAGCUUUCGCGGCUCCUUCUCCCAAAAAGAAUGAUAAGCCUUGUGUCAGUUCGCACGGGGGUCUCCGAGUCUUGCAUUACAAUAACUUGGGCCCGCGGAACAAUGGGACAUCUGCUGUCCUUGCAUAUAGCCGCUUGACCUACGCAGAUGCUGUAUCCAAGUGUGUCACCAUUGGCGAAAACCUUCACCCCUGGUCUUCGAAGUGCCGCGAUAACCAGACUCAACUCGGGUACGAACUGGACUAUCUUAUCUUCGCGAAGGAGCUUCAAAUCCAUGAUUUUCUAUGGAUUUCGAAUGAACAACAACAUGGGAAAGACUGCUACGCCUUUUCAAUUUCUCACAAGAAGGUCGUUCAAAGGGAAUGCAAGGACAAGUAUCCCGUUCUCUGCACAUCUACUCCUCCCCCAACAACCGACCAGGACGGAGCUGCCAGGGACACGACAAAGUUGAGUGUUCGAUCCAAGGACUACACCCUGACUGGAUAUCGUGAUGCCCGAUCCUUCCGCUUCCUCGGUAUUCCCUUCGCCAAUCCCCCUGUCAAGGAUUUACGCUUCGCACCGCCACAAGCGUAUACCGGCCCCAAGGAACUCGAUGCGACUACCAUGGCAGCCUCAUGUAUUCAGUCUCUGUCGAGCUUUGGAACACUUGGUGUUGGUGGAAUCUCCGAGGAUUGCCUAUAUCUGAACGUGUAUACUCCAGCCCUUCCUGCUGAAGUUACCAAGAAGACUGCACUCCGCCCUGUUGCUGUCUAUCUCUAUGGAGGUGCAUUCACCAAAGGUAGCUCAGCCAUGGUCGACUAUGACGGCGGUAACUUUGCCAGUCGGAGCGAUGUGGUUGUUGUAACUCUCAAUUACCGUGUUGGAGCAUUGGGAUACUUGUCAACCGGAAAUCUCACUAUUGGAAGUUAUGGUACUCAUGACCAGAUCAUGGCACUGAAAUGGGUUCAAAAGCACAUUUCGUCUUUCGGUGGUGAUCCAUCCCACGUCACUGUCUUUGGGCAGUCCGCUGGUGGUCAAAGUACUGUAGCUUUACUUUCUUCAACUCAAGCGAAGGGUCUCUUCUCUGGUGCACUUGUGCAGUCUGCACCCAUGGAUCUCCCAUGGUUCCCUCGGGAUCUCUACGCUUACUAUAUUGCCCCUGAAGUCGGAAAGGCAGUAGGCUGCGAGAACAUCACAUCGGAGAAAGCAUUCCUGAAAUGUCUUCGUUCAGUUCCUGCUUCGAACUAUCUGGACAACUCCACCGAUUUCCAAAGUGCCACCAAAGCCAUCUCAUCCAGCAUCGCCAAGCACUACUACCAAAACACAGAGUUACUCUCUGCUACCGAGCCCUUCAUGCCAAAGGUCGACGACUCGGGCUCAGGAGUCAUUGACGACCAAUUCCACACCCUCCUCGCAAACAACAAACUCCCAAUACGGGUGCCGACGAUGUUCACAACUGUCCGUGAUGAAGCGAGCCUCUAUACAGGCCGCCAGGUCCCGAACCUCGGUUCUACACAAGUCGCACUGGACAUCCUACUCAAAACCACAUACGGCAGUGAGCUGGCCCCGAAAAUGAUUUCUUCGGGUGCAUUCAAUGUCAAAAAAUCGGACUCAGAUGGUGUUCGCAAUGCCGCUUCCGCUGCACUUACCUAUAGUGAAUGGACCUGUGCCCAGGGUUAUAUUCUCAAUCAAGCCAGAUCGGUAUUGCCAUCACUGUACGAAGUCGAGAUUACAGAUGGUCAUAUUCAGACUACUGUCAAUGUGCCGGAUAUCUGUUCCCCAAAUAGCGUUUAUAAUGCUUCCUGUCACUCUUCUGAUGUCCUGCUCGCGUGGGGGACAUUGAACUCCAAGACGAAUAAUGUUGAUCCCUACCGCAAUGAUGAAGAGAUUCGUCAUUCGCAAAUGCUUCAUGAUAUCUUUGGUUCAUUUUUCCGGACUCGCAACCCCAAUCCUGAUUUGGAGUUUUUGGGGGUUCGCGGCCCGGCGUAUGCUGCUACACGUGAGAUCUUUGCUGGCGGGGAGAAGAUUUCUUCGCACCAUGAGCAUAGCUGUGGUGAUAAGGGUUACUCUAUUGAACAGUAUCAUCCUUCGCAGCGAAACCUGACUCUUUUGGGGAUGCCGCCUUCACAAACCAUUAACUUUGAGGACUCGGAUCAGUGUGCUGUUUUCCGGGACUACGGAUUUACUUUCCAGAGGGCGAUGUUGACAGAUUAA